AUGGUCAAGAUACGAGUAAUGAUGAAAGCGGUGAUUCUUUAUUUCUUUUCAACAUUAAAGCCAUUGGUAAACUUCCAGAAGUCUGGAAGAAAGCAAAGAGCUGUAGAAAAUGGUACAUGGUCUGGAGAAGCACAUCCUGCUAAGAUUUUCUCUCCCGGCACUGAAAAUGUUAUAGGAUGUAAAAGAUAUUUUACUUUUACAUGGAAAGAUAAUCCGGUUACUAUUGAGAAAAGAAGAAAGAUUGAUUCUUCAGCAUCAGGAAGGUGGGCUAUGCAUGAGUAUUCACUUCUUGAUUCUUUUUACCAGGAUAACAACAAGAAGGAGUACGUAAUCUGUCGGAUAAAACGGAUUAAAAGAGGCAAAAGAAGUUUUGCGAGUAUUGCGCCACAACCCCAACCACAGUCAGUAGUACCCUUGGUUAGUAAGAAACCAUCACCACCAGUGCCGGUACCAGGACAGUCCUCAUCACUACCAGCAACAUCUGUAUAUGAAACAGGAUCAUCAUCGUCAACACAAUCAUCCGUCUAUGAAGUAGGGUCGUCACCGUCAGCACCGCCAUCAACAAAUAUGGAACCCCUGAUUCUCAGGAGAGGAAUUCACUGUGACAUGAAUGGGUUCAACUACUCAUCAGAAAAAAUGGAACCCCUGAUUCUAAUGGGAGGAAUUCACUGUGACAUGAAUGGCUUCAACUACUCAGCAGCAAACAUGGCACCAUCCAUCGACAAAGUACAACCACAACCUUUGAAUUGUUCUAAAGCAGGGUUGUCGUCAUCACAGUCAUCAGGGAGUAUAGUGCAGCAGCCUACUCUGCUUGAAGAAUUUCGGUGUGGUAUGGAAAUGUUUGAUCACUCAUCAAAGAAUGUGACACCAGGAAUAAGCAAUUUCUUUCACGUUGCCGACAACUACUCCACAGAUGAUGAGUUCGCCCUCCUCCUAGAUGAACUCUUGAACUCACCCGAAACAGACAAAGAGUGGGAUGGUGAUAGUAAUUUGAAAUCCGUGGUUGCCUGCUGCUGCUAUGCCAUUUAGUCAGCCUGAGAAAGAGGGGUCUGGCGGUGAUAACCUACAGUCAGUGGCCGCCAACUGCUAUGCCAUCUCAUCAACUUGGCAAAGAAUGGUCUAAUGAUCAUAACCUACUUGCUAUAGCUGCUAGUGCUGCUGCUGCUGAUAAAGAAAAAUCACCGAUGCCAAUUAGUUCGCAUCUUGCCAUCUCAACCUGAUAUGCUACACAGCUAGCCGAGCAACUGUCACAGCUGACUGCGCGUAGGUAAUAUUGAUUUACUGUUGCCUGCAACAAAAACAUUGUUCAUUCUGACACUUAGACGAUCUGUAUGUAUAAGCAGCCCUUGUUAUUCAGCUUAGUUAGAGUAAAACGAUUAAUAU